CAGUUGUCAGAGCAUUGUAGAACUGUAUCACAAUCAAAUUAAAUUUUAAGAACAUAAAAAUAAAACAAGUAAAACCAACAGCACCGUGAGAUCUUUUCAAAAGCAUCAGCAUCCCGCAGCAACAAUCGCUCUCAUGCUGAUCCCUCUCCUAGUAACCAACUCCUCUCUUGAUAAUAAAUGUCAGAGAAAGCAGCCCCCACCCCUGCCACACAAUGCAGGGCAUCAGGGGAGGUGAAGAGACAGCAGUAAACACACGUGUGGAGUAAAAACAGACCUGUUAACCACUGACAAAGCUUAGGCACGAGGUGUUUUCCACCCAAAAACUUCUGAAGUGUGACUUUAAACUGACCCAGCAUGGACUCGGGACUCACGUUCAAACGGCCACACACCACUUCACCUUGAAAAACACAGACGAGCUGGAACGUUAAAAUAAGAAAAAUGCGGGGAAGCGGUGGCACAAUUUAUUUUGAAAAAGACAGCUCUGGGAGUCUUUCACUCAUCAUGUCAGAAACUCAGUCAACAUCUGCCCAAACCGAGGUGCCCGAGUCUCCAGAAGUGGAGUGUCCAGUUUGCUAUCAAGAAUAUGACCAGCACUCCAAACUCCCGCGUAUGCUGGAAUGCCUUCACGUCUUCUGCACAGAGUGUCUCCGCAAAAUCCAGCUCACCCCUCUACACCCGCCUGACCCCGACAGCGCCCCCUCAAUCUCCUGUCCACUGUGCCGUCACUCCACCCCUCUUCAGGGUGGAGAUGCGCAUUCACUUCCAUGCAACUCACGGAUUCUUGCGCAACUUCCUCCGGUGGCCUUCCGCCUGCCAGCUUCAGUGUCGGCCCGUCUGGCCACGGUCACACAACGGCUGGUUCUGUCUCUGGGCGAGAGGGACACUCGCUUCAUAAUUCUGCCCACUGUCAGUCUGAGGGUGGAGCAGAUGGGGGACGCCACAGAAAGGGCGAACCCUCCUCGAGUGAUGCAUCGGGAGAUGGAAGUUCUGAGGGGACACAAGAAAACUCUUAUGUGUGUUCAGGUUCUGGCUGUCAUCUUCUGGGUUAUGUUUGUACUGACCUGUGUGGUCGGGGUUGUGUUCGGGCCAAGCCUCUUUCAUAAUUAAAGAGAUAUUCAACCAAAAAAAAUUAAA